UUGAUCCUGAAAGAUGUUUACACCACACACGAUGAAAAACUGCUGGACGAAUUGAACAUCAGCUAUCUCAAACUUAACAGUUCGUCAUCAGAGACAUCUCAAGAAGCUACAUCCCCACAACAGCUGGACAGGAAAAUAAAAUCCGAUAGUGCAGAGGAGAAGAAAAAAAAGAAUCAAGCCACACCGCAAAACCAGCUGGGUUUGAAAAUGAUGACGUUAAAGAUAACAUCAAAUCGAAGCAUGGCAAUGUAGCUGAAAAGAAUUCUACCAAACAAAAACUGCUGCUUGCAAAACGUGCCGAGUCAAAUGACUUGCUUUCAGCCGAAGAUAUCAAAUAUAAACUUAACCGAAAUAUUGCUUCCCAGGAACUUACAUUUGGUCUGAAAGAAGAAGUGGAAAACACAAAAAGAAGAAUUCAGCUGAUAUACGAAGUCGGAGCUAAAUUUAUAAACAUGAUCAUUUCGUACAAAGAUUUCACUUUCCAGUCAAUGAAUGACUGGUUACAGCAAAUAUAUUUGGAAGGAAUGACGAAAGUAAAACUUCUCGAUGAAAUAAUCAAAGACAGCAUUGAACAUUUCGUCCCUCUGAAAAAUGAAAUUUUACUACAGGAAUCUAACAUUUUUUUGAAUGAAAUGUCAAUUUUCCCUUCAAACCACGCCUCAAAUGAAAUGCAGGAAGACUUUUUAGAUUUGAAAUUUUCAAGUUUUACCGUCUGCCAGCUUCAAAAUAUAUCCUACCAGCUUGAGAAAAUAGCUCCAUUAGGGACAAUUACUCCUCACCUCUUCAUGAAAACGAUCACCAGUUUGUUGCAAUGUGAGGAUUACAUUGAGUACUUCCCGAUAGGUUGGAUGAGAAAUCUCUUCAAAUAUCUACCGUACAUAUCCUCCCUGAUGAUGUUUGAUGGAGAGUAUUUGAGUUGGAAGAAGUUUGUGCUGCUUCUGUCCCAACCCUGGCCUUUACCGUCGCUUUCUAAACUGCUUGAAGCACUCUCUCAUUUUUGCAAACUCGAUCAAUUGCAAACUGGAUUUCUUUCCAAGGAACAACUUCUCAAGGCAGAGCUCUGGUUAAAGAAGGCAACUGCAGAUGUUGAUGCAAAAGUUGACCAAAUAGAUGAGAUGCUAUCCUUCUACUUCAACUUGUAUGCCGAUAGGUCGAGUGGAAUGAACUGCAUUGGAUACGUUCAAUUCUUGUUGUAUUUCUGUUUGGACGAAGAUCCUUACAAAGGUUUCAUCAAAGCGCUGAGCGUUGCCAUGGGAAAGGAUAUGUCUGAAAGUGCUGAAAAAAAUUUUUGUGAAAUGAGCAGCUCAGAAGAUAGCACGGAAUCAACACAAAUUGAUUUGCUCACAUUGCACCAGGAAAUGCUUUCAUACAUAUACAAAGAUUAUGACAAAGAUGGAAAGAUCGCUGAUUGGAGAAACUUGAAAGAAAACUCUCUCCUGCAGUACAUGCUGAUGCAACUGCCCACAUACAAAUAUCACCAGGACCCGCAUUAUCCUUCAGACAAUGGUGAAGCUGUGCAUUAUCAUACGUUGAAUGUGACACGAUUUUUAGAUGUUAAAUUAAAAAAAAAUUGUCGGAGUUUAUUGAUACAAGAAAAGUGUAGGAAAGAAAAGAAGUUUACUUUGAGGUUAAAACUCCAGCCUCUUACAACGAUUGUAGUAUGUGUGAGAGCUUCUGUGAAAUACACUUUACUGUCAAACUGCAUCAGAUAUUUUGUACAACAUUAG